UAUCCAACAAAUACUAAACAGUUUCCAACAAAUACUAAACAGUAUCCAACAAAUACUAAACACUAUCCAACAAAUACUAAACAGUAUCCAACAAAUACUAAACAGUAUCCAACAAAUACUAAACGGUAUCCAACAAAUACUAAAAGUAUCCAACAAAUACUAAACAGUAUCCAACAAAUACUAAACAGUAUCCAACAAAACCUAACUGACAAUUUCCACAGCCGAUUCCCAGCAUCCGUUACUAAUUCUGUAUUUUAUUGA